AUGCUGCUGACAGGCAAAGGAGUUUCGGAGGGGCAGGCGUUUCACCGGCGCCUCCUGUCGGAGUACAACACGGACAUCACCCUCGAUAACUACGUGGCCUACUUUGAACUGAAGCCGAUAGCCAAGGCGGUGGAGCAGCUGCGAAAGGAGAUCGACGAGCGGAGGGCACUGGCGGCGGCCGAGGCGACUUCAGUCACGCUCUCGUCCGCAUCGCAGGGGGGUGCCGCGGAGGCCGCAUCAAGAACAGAGGAUGAGGCGGUGCUGGUGGCCAUGAAACAGCGGCGGCUGGAACUGGAGAAUAAAUUCUUUGAGGAGCUGCGGGCCUCCUUCCUAAAGGUGAAGAGUUACCUGUGGCAGCUGGAGGAUGACCUCCUGGUGCGGGUGCGUGAGUUGGAGCAGCUGACGGAGGAGGAGAUCCGCGCACGCCCGGAUGAAUGUAUUGCUCAGCUGUACGUGAAUGUUCAGACCAUCCUGCGCUACCGCUCCCUCAACCUUGCGGCGUUUCGCAAGAUCUUGAAAAAAUUUCUGGAGCGCUGCGCAUGCGAUAGCUUGGAGUUGCAACAGAAUCUGAAGGUUGUGGACGAUAUCAUCGCCAACAGCGCCAUCGCACAACCACGCAUUGACAUUCGCCGUAUUGCGCUGGAUCUGAUUGCACUCUACGGUACGGUGUAUCGCCUCACCUAUGAGGAGACAGUGGCACACUUAAGCCACUAUGAAUACAAGGCUGGGGUCAACAGCCGCCGUAUCCUAGCGCACAGCGAAACAUUUUUCUUUACGCUAAACUUUCCACACCAGGAAAGACAGGGAAACUUUGCGGUGCGCAUUGUAUCCGGGGACGCGAGCGUCUUUUGUGAAAAGAUGAUAUGUGAGGUGUUGCAGUGUGCACGGUUCCCGCCGUGUUGCAGUCAGUUUCCGAAUGGGGAGGUGAACGUAAAGUUCGCUCGAACCCUGCGCGGGGAUGAUGUGUUCGUGCUUCAGUCUAUGGUACGGUGCGAUCAAAUUGGCCUGUCGCUCUCUGGCACCUUCAUGGAGUUGGCGUUGGUGCUGCAUACGGCAAAGCUAAGCUCCGCCGCCCGGGUAACGGCCGUCAUCCCGUACCUCGCCUACUCUAGCAGCGUCUCCUCAAUGGCACUCGUGGCAGAGCUGCUUGAAAAGAUGGGCUGCCAACACGUGAUUACCGUUGAUAUGUAUAACGAGCAGACGGAAGGGAUGUUCUCUGUGCCGCUGGAAAAUAUAUCUGCCAGGUACGAGUUUGUUCGUUUCAUCGCCACCCAGCUGACAAACGAGGGGCACGAUUUCCGCAACAUCUCGGUUGUGGCACCCACGGGCAAUUCCGUCAACCGCGCAAAGUGUUUUGCAGAUGCCCUGAUGAACUACAAGAAGUUGUCAAGUGAGGAUCAGUUUGUCCCCGUCUGCACGGUAGUCCACCGCCAUGUGUGUCAGCUGUCGCCCCCCUUGACACACGUGUCGCCCGGAGCCUUUGAGGCCCGUGACCCGGCGGCAGAGGCGGCGGCAGCUGCAGCGCCUUCUGAUCUCAGGCUCUCCCCCCAUGCUCAGUUCAAUCAGGUCCCCGACCCAGAGGUGGUGGCACACACAAGCCGCAUGCCGCCAGAAGCCACGCAAGCAUUUUUCACCGCUGCGUAUCCGACUGGUGAGUUCCCCGGCGCUGAGGGCAUGAUGCGGCAACGCCAACCACGAGCAGGAACGGUGCUCAAUGCGUUUUUGUCUCCACCUGAUGGAGUAAGUCCAUGUCCUAGUGGCGCAAACGGCAUUUACGCCUACGAGCAGGCGCUGCGGCAACAGGAGGAGGGCGCCAGAGCCAUUCGCGAACGCCACCUAGAAAACCCCGCCCAAACCGAGGGCGUGGCACUCGUGGGUGACGUCAAGGACCGAAUUUGCAUCAUUGUCGACACCAUUAUUGACGAGGCGGUUAAAAUCUGCCGCACGGCGUGGAAGCUGCAUGAGGCUGGGGCAAGUCGCAUCAUCGUCAUGGCGACGCACUUCCUCCUCUCCGCUGGCGCCGAGGAGCGGCUCAUCAACAGCCCCAUCGACCUCGUCGUUGUCACCGACAGUGUAAACCAAGACGAGGCGUUCAAGAACCCACUAAUCGCACGAAAACUCCGGGUACUGCCCAUCGCCCCGCUGCUUGCCCGCGCUAUUGAGAAGAUGCACACAGAAAACACGCUCAGGACACUCUUCGAGAAGUAG